GAUGCGGCUGCCUACCUCGCCUCGCAGGCGGCGGCAAUGGCGCAGCCCGGCGCCGCCGCUCCCCAGGCAGACGAGCAGACCCGCCGCCUGGUUAUCCGCCCUGAGAUGGGCGCCGACUUCAUGCAGAUUACGCCGCAGCUCGCCGAGAAGCUCUUUGCGCCGAUCGCAGGUGCGCAGCGCACGCAGGCUGUCCAGGCCGAGGCAACCGAGCCCGACGUACGCAGGAGCACCGGCAUGCCCUCGAUCGCCGGGUACGGGUACGAUGUUCCGUGCAACACGAGCGCAAACAUCUCGCUGCGCGUCAACGGCAGCGACUGGACAAUUCCCGCCGCAAAGUGGGUCGUCCCCUCCGGCACUGGCGCACAGGGCAUGUGCAAGACCCGUGUGCGUGUUGCCCAGGACGAGGGCGGGUUCCGCGAUGAGCUGUACGACGUGCUUGUGGGCUCCCUCUUCCUCGACUCCAUCUACUCGGCUUACCGUUACGACGCGGCGCAGCCGCAGAUCGGCUUCGCCCAGCUCUCGGACAAGGCCAAGGAUGCGGCGACGUCGAGCGCUGCGGUCGCCCAGCCUACUGCGUCGGGGAAGAGCGGGGCGGUGCGCAAAUCCGCCGGCGCCGGUCUUCUCGCGGCCGCUGUGGCGGUGGCUGCUCUCACUGUGUAGGUCCCGGGGCCUUGCUCCCUCGCCCCUAGCCCUGUCCCGCUCGGUAAUGGAAAUGUACACAAAGCUAAGCAGUCGGGAAUAUAACAC